GACCGAGUCCGGGAACACCGAGCCGGACGCCAGAGCUGGACGCCGGACCCUCCGUGAGGCGCUGCGGGAAGGCUCGGGCGGUACCCAGCGGGUGGAGCUGCCGCCUGACGUCGGGAGGUCGGAGAGACGGUGGUGCCGAGGGCUCGGCCUCCCCCGGCCGGUGGUCGCGUGUGGGCGGGAGCCGGAGCCGGGAUGGAGCCCGUGAGCCUCCAGGGCCUCUCGGAGCUGGAACGGGUCCGGCUGCAGGAGCUGUCCUGGGACCGCCUGCAGGAGAAGAGUCGGGCCCAGGGCUUCAGCAUCGCCAGGGCUGCGCCGACUCACGGUAGUGCCAUUUGGAAGAAACUGGAUAACUUUUCCAGAGAGAAGAAAGACGGCGGCCCCCAGGUGUUUGGCAUCCCCCUGGCCCGGGUCAUCGCCAACGACCUGGCCCGGAAGCAGCAGAGAGAGGCCCUGGGCUGCGGCCGCAGGGUGGCCCUGCCGCUGGAGGCCAGCGUGAUGCACUUCCGCACGGAGAAGCAGAAGAAAUCCCUGCGGAGGGAGGCCCCGUGGCCGUCGGGGGGCUGGGAGGGGACCCCCCUCUGGACGCCCUGGGCCGGGGGCCACGAAGGGUGA